UUCCAGGGUCUGCAGCUGGAGAGGGAUGCCUGCUUGGCCUCUAACUACGCGCUGGCCAAAGAGAACCUGGCCUUGCGGCCCCGCCUGGAGAUGGGCCGGACUGCCCUGGCCAUCAAGUACCAAGAGCUUCGAGAGGUGGCUGAGAACUGCGCAGACAAACUGCAGAGACUGGAGGAGAGCAUGCAUCGCUGGAGCCCCCAAUGUGCGCUGGGCUGGCUGCAGGCUGAACUGGAAGAGGCUGAGCAGGAGGCUGAGGUCCAAAUGGAGCAGCUGCUGCUGGGGGAACAGAGCCUGGAGGCCUUCUUGCCAGCCUUCCAGAGGGGCCGCGCCCUGGCCCACCUGAGGCGGACGCAGGCGGAGAAACUGCAGGAAGUGCUGAGGCGUCGGGAACGCUCUGCCCAGCCGGCCCCCACUACUGCUGCUGCUGCUGCUGCUGCCGCCACCGCCAUGGAUCCCCCCAAACCCUUCCCUGCUGCUGCCGUGCUGCCCACCGGGGCCGCCCGGGGGCCACCUCCAGCCGUACCCCGGAGCCUGCCCCCCUUGGACUCCCGCCCAGUGCCCCCACUGAAGGGCUCUCCCGGGUGCCCCUUUGGCCCAGCCCCUCUGCUGAGCCCUCGACCCUCUCAGCCUGAACCCCCUCAUCGGUAGGAGUCAGGGCUCGGCCUCCCAGCGGGGGUCCAGACAAACUUGAUUCGUGGCUCCUCCUCCCCCCCCACUGUCUGGGUGGGGGGAGGGGCAGGCCCCUCCCCCUAGCCUCAGGCAGGCCCAGGGCCCUGGAGGCUGAGCUGGGGAAGAGGGGCUUCCCGAAGAGGCCCGCAGAGGGCUGGGGGUGGGGUGGGCAGGGUGCUGGACCUCGGUCACCAAGGAAACUCUGCCUUUUUAUUUUAUUUUAUUUUAUUGUCUCCCCGGUCCUCCAGGGUGCCAAGCCAGGUCUCCAAAUGAAAAGAACUAUAUGGGGGCCUGCUGCCCCCCCGGGGGGGGCUUGCUUGGGAGAGGCCUGUCGCACCCUGCCACAUGACUGGGCUCGAACUUAUUGGCCAAGGCUUACUGGAUUGUUCUCCUCAUAUCCUGAGCUAACCCUUUCCGCAGUUUGGGGGCCCUCCGCCUAGGAGCCAGGUGGUCAUGCCUCAGCUGCGGGCCCUGGGACACUCCCUAGGGCCUUGCAGCUGGCCCUGGGGCAAGGCAGGACAGAGGCUUCUUACCUGCUCAGGUGAGGGCCGGCCAUCCCCAGGGAAGACCAUUCUGUAUUUUUUCUGUCCCUGUCUCCUUAGAAUGGAACCUUUUUGAGGGCAGGUCCUUGUCUUUGUAUGUUCUGUCCCCAGCCCCGCCUCCUAGGGGCUGUCAAUAAAUGUGCUGAUGGAUGACGGUGA